GUCUACCAGUCUACCAUGACCCUGCCUGUGCCACCUCCACCUCGACGGGUGCGGCUCAAGCCCUGGCUGGUGGCCCAAGUGAACAGCUGCCAGUACCCAGGCCUUCAGUGGGUCAAUGAUGAGCGCAAGCUCUUUUACAUCCCCUGGCGCCACGCCACCAGGCAUGGCGCCACCCAGGAUGAGGACGACAACACCAUCUUCAAGGCCUGGGCCAAGGAGACGGGGAAGUACACGGAAGGCGUGGAUGAGGCAGAUCCUGCCAAGUGGAAGGCCAACCUUCGCUGUGCCCUCAACAAGAGUCGAGAGUUCCACCUCUUCUAUGAUGGGCCUCGAGACGUGCCACCCCAGCCAUAUAAGAUCUACGAGGUCUGUGCCUCGUGUCCUACUCCUGCAG